UUCAGUUCAGUUCAGUUGCCUUCAAAGCGUUGUCGUUAGCAGUUGUUCGCUCGUUGGACAGUCUGGUACAUACAUAUGUAUGUACAGAUAUAAACCCGUACAUUCGUACGUGUGUCCAUAUAAAGUUGCUUUCGUAUCUACAGUUUACUUGACUUGUGUGCAAUAAAAUUUCCUCUAAUUUUCGGUUCUUUGUGCACGGUUACGCGACAGCAGUUGGGCUUUUGCGAUCGCCAAUAACAAGAUUCUAAUUAGAAUAGUGGAUAAAUAGAAAUUGAAAACAAAACAAAACGAAACAAAAAAAAAGCCAAAAAAAACUAAGUAUCGUUUCACCCCCAACCCCAUCACAACAACAGCCUCACAAAAAUGCCGCAACGCGAGCAAAAUGGCGGCAUUGGCAUUAUGAAAAAGCUACGACGUUCUGCUUCCGCAACCGAACAUAAUCUCAGCGAAUUACGUAAACGACGAUCCAGUUCAGCGUUGCUAGAUCAAAACGGAGUACCCAUCGAUUUGAAUAAAUAUCGAAAGGUUUUGGAUAAAGAUGACAAUGGCAAUGGUAAUGGUGAGAAGAAGCAGAGAUAUCGGCGGACACAGAGUGUAACACGUGCCGAAGAGAUACAAAGUAAAGAGGAGAAACAACGUAAAGAGCAGCCAGAUAAACCUUGCCAUCGCCCGCGUGACUCACUCUUUUCAUGGAGUUCGGGUUUUAGUAAUUUCACAGGUCUCGUCAACUGGGGUUUCCUGCUAUUAACAAUCGGGGGAUUCCGGUUAUGUCUAGAAAACCUGCUCAAAUAUGGCAUCAGAAUAAAUCCUUUAGAUUGGUAUUACUUUUUAAGUGGCACAAGUGAAGGACAUGAAGGGCAUGCCUCACUUCUGUUGAUUUUAUACUCCUUUGUGCACAUUUCGAUCUGUCUUUUUGUGGAAAAGGGUCUUGCAAUGGAAAUCCUCUCAGAAGCUUUAGGAAUGUUUGUGCAAGUACUCAAUAUACUUUUGGUAAUUUUCUUGCCCGUGGUCAUCAUACACCUCAAAGGCGAAGCGUUCAGUUUAAUGGGCGCUUCUACAGUUUGUUUGGUUUAUUCCAUACUCUUUUUGAAACUUUGGAGCUAUGUACAAACGAAUAUGUGGUGCCGUCAGACCUACUAUCUGAAACAGUACAAUCCACGCGAGAGAAGACCGAGUAUAACGGUAGCGGAGUUGCAAAACGGUUUUUUGGGCGAUGAAAUCGAUGAGGAUAUACCCAAGCUGGUUCAGUACCCUGACAAUUUAUGUUAUAAAGAUUUAUUCUACUUUUUACUUGCACCCACACUGUGCUAUGAACUUAACUUCCCCAGAACGACGCGUGUGCGUAAGCGUUUCCUAUUGAAACGUCUACUAGAGGUACUUUUUGGAUUCAAUGUUAUUAUGUCUCUAUUUCAACAAUGGAUCAUACCAUCGGUACGAAACUCGCUUAUACCAUUCUCGAAUAUGGAAAUUGGUUUGGCCACUGAAAGGCUACUUAAAUUGGCGUUACCUAAUCACUUGGUAUGGUUAUGUGGUUUCUACUUACUCUUCCACUCUUUCUUAAAUGCCGUGGGCGAACUGGUACAUUUUGCUGAUCGCAAUUUCUAUAGCGAUUGGUGGAAUGCGAAUAAUAUUGAUACGUUUUGGCGUACAUGGAAUAUGCCGGUGCAUAGAUGGUGUGUGCGACAUUUAUACGUGCCCGUGGUGAAGAUGGGCUAUUCACCAGCUCAGGCGUCGACGAUUGUUUUCCUUAUAAGCGCAUUCUUCCAUGAAUAUUUAGUAUCAAUUCCAUUGCAAACGCACAAAAUAUGGGCUUUCCUCGGCAUGAUGGGCCAAAUACCAUUAUCGGCGGUAUCGAAAUCAAUUGAACGCAAAAUGGGUCCACGUAUGGGUAAUAUUAUUGUGUGGGCAUCAAUAAUAUUGGGUCAGCCGCUAUGUAUAAUGAUGUAUUACCACGACUAUGUUGUGACGCAUUAUCAUGACGCUUUAAAUAGUACUGUGUAUAAUGAAGGCUAAUUCAAAAAUUUUUAUAAAAUUUUUUUUAUACAUACAUAUAUAUUCUUACGGAAAGCUAGUAGAAACGAGUACUUAGAAUGCAAGACAGAUGAACUUUUGUAUGUAAUGAAUGCGCAAGUGAAAGACAGAAAGAUAGACAAUGCCUU